CUGAUAAAAUGGACAAUGAGUGUAGAAACAAGGAGGUGGUCAUAAUGUUAUGCCUGAUUCGUGUAUAUUCAAGAUGAACUAUUUUAAAAUCUUAUACAGGUAGUCUAACAAACAUGUAGGCUAACAGCAGAUGCUAGUAUGUGGCCUUGAGAGCAUCAGCUUGUUUGAGACAUAAUAGCAAGUGAGCAAGUGAAUUACUUUGUAAAUGAAGUGAAUUACUUUGUAAAUUCUUUUUUAUUGGUUAAAAGUAAUUUGUAUGGGGGGGGGUGGGGCAUUAUUUUUUAUGCUUGGGCCCACUGGGGGUCCUAGUUAUCACUGAUUCACUCACUAACACUAAGGAUGUCACUGAACUGUUUUUACACAAGGCCAUUUUGGACCUGGGACUAGACCCAGUUUUAUGCCCUGUGUGAGCCUGUUCCUUUACAAGCACUAAUUUUAAAAAGAUAACCACCAUAAAUUGUUUAAAGCCCAAGAAAACAGAAAGAAAACUUAAGACUAUUCCUUUAAGCCUUUUCAUUCCAUAGAACUAUGACAUAUUUAAGGCACUCUGUGUCCACUGUGUAUGUAUUUAUGUAUGGUUUAGAUCAAAUAUAGCUAAAGUCAGAUAACGCAGCGUGCAGUUUCUGGCACAACACCUACGACAGAAACACAAUCCAGGAGAGAAAAGGCAACACAGACUUCUCAGACGCUGCUGAAAUAAAAUUACUUUCACGACAUGCCAAUACCGACCUAAGAGGCCAGUCCAACAUCUUUACUGGUCAAACCAACGCCGUCGAGAAGUGAUCCCUUUUCUUUAAUCUGAUUGGUCAAGAGAGCGCAUGCAUAGUCACGCGGUCCUGUUGCCGGAUGGUGCUUGAUCCUCCUGCAGAAACGGAGCGUGCGCAGCCUUCAUUGUUUUUUCGUGUAGUAAAAAAAAGGCCUAUUUCCUGGCGCCAGUGAUGGCCGAUCAGCCUGAUACGCACCGCAUCUUCGAUACGACUGUGGAGGCAUGUCGCCUGUGAGAGCGGGUCCUUGGCAGGUUCUGUCUUCGUUGAUGGAGACUUGCUCUGCGCUUUAGUUGUCUGAGCUGCUGCCGCCAUGCCGCUGUGUAUCAGCUUAUACCUUCUCAGUUUAGUGUUUUUGGGGGGAACGCGAGGAGAUUCAGGAUUUGCACCGCUGGACGGCGCACCGCCAUCAAAGAUAGCUGUUGUAGGCGCUGGAAUCGGCGGAACCACGACAGCGCACUUCCUGCGGCAGCACUUCGGGCCGGAAGUGCGGAUCGAUGUGUUUGAGAGGAAGGCGGUGGGCGGCCGGCUAGCCACAGUUACGGUCAACCAGCAGGACUACGAGUCUGGAGGGUCCAUCAUCCACUCCCUCAACCUGCACAUGCAGGACUUCGUUAAACAGCUAGGGCUGAAAUAUCGUAAGAGCGUGGCAGGGAAGACAGCGGUGUUUAAUGGCAAGGAGUUUAUUCUGGAAGAGACCGACUGGUACCUGCUAGACCUGUUCCGCCUGUGGUGGCGUUAUGGCAUCAGCUUCAUCCGCCUGCAGAUGUGGGUGGAGGAGAUCAUGGAGAAGUUCAUGAGAAUCUAUAAGUACCAGGCGCACGGCUAUGCCUUUAGUUCAGUGGAAGAGCUGCUGCACUCGCUGGGGGGCACAGGAUUUCUCAACAUGACCCGCCGCUCUCUGUCCGAGUCUCUAUUGGAAUUGGGAGUAUCCCAGCGCUUCAUUGACGAAGUCAUAGCUCCAAUCAUGCGGGUCAACUACGGCCAGAACAUCAGCAUCCCAGCAUUUGUUGGAGCUGUGUCUCUGGCUGGCGCUCAGACCAACCUGUGGGCAGUUGAAGGAGGGAACAAGUUGGUUUGUUCUGGACUUCUAAAACUUGCAAAGGCCAACUUCAUCCAGGCGCAAGUUACUACCAUUUCCCUCCAGUUAAAAGGUGAAUCCCACCAGUAUGAGCUCAGUUACACUACUCAGACUGACAAGGUGUCCGAUUUCUAUGAUAUAGUGGUAAUAGCUACCCCUCUCCAGCAAAAUGUCAACUCGGGCAUCUCCUUCCAAGGCUUUGAACCACAGCUGCCAGACAUCGCAGGAUUCUACCAUCAGACCGUGGCCUCCAUUGUUCAUGGCUACCUGAACUGCAGUUACUUUGGCUUUCCAGACCCCAAGCUUUUCCCAUUUGCGAGUGUACUGACCACAGACACCCCAGGGCUUUUCUUUAACAGUGCUGCCAGCGCCUGUCCCGUUAACAUCACUGCAGGCUUCCGCCGCAAGCAGCCCCAGGAGGCAGGAGUCUAUAAGGUUUUCUCCCCUAAACCUCUGGAGAAGAACGAGCUGAAGACCCUAUUCAAGUCCUACUACUCAGUCCAGGUCACUGACUGGCAGGCGUACCCUCACUAUGGAAGUACUCAGGAACUUCCACCAGUGAUACUUCAUGACAGCCUCUACUACCUCAAUGGGAUUGAAUGGGCUGGAAGUGCCAUGGAGAUGAGCUCUGUAGCAGCCAAGAAUAUUGCGCUGCUGGCCUACCACCGCUGGAACAGGCAGCUGGAAAUGAUUGACCAGAAGGACCUCAUGCAUAAGAUCAAAACAGAACUGUGAUCUCGCAUCUUCUCUUCUUUUUUUGCCAUUAGGAAGAGUGAGAAACUAUGGUCAGCACUAACCUGGAGAUUUUUAUGUUAUAAACUGUAAUGGUUUGCUGUCUCAGACUGAUCUCAAACAGCAUUGUAUGACUGUUUAUUUAACUUUUUUUUCUCAGUAGAAAAAAUUCAAAGGCAAAAGUCAUUCUCAUGGAUAGACAUUUGGCCACAAUAUAUCUGAAGCAAGCAACAGACAUUUUCAACAGGUAGCAACAGUGCCACAGGGGCCUGUGUUACACAGUAGGAUUUCUUACUUUCCCUGCUAACUUUUAGCUUAGUUUGAUCUAACUGUGGAUUUUCUGUCUCAUUACAGUGGAUCACUUUUUACUGGGCUUCAUCACCAUGGCAACUUAUGUUGCAAGGAAGGCUAACCAGGGAUAGCCUUCUGACUAAGGUGGACCUCUCUGGUCUUUUUUGGAUCACUUUGUUUUCUUAGUGACAUUUGUGGCAUCAAUUGCAUGAAAAUAAUUGUUUUCAGUGAAGGAAUGAAGUUGUACCACAUGGAUGUCAAGAACAUAAACAGUUAUAGUUCUGAUGAGCACUAACACAUUGAAAGUGUUUCUUUUUACCCUUAUAAGUGCUUUACUUUUUACAUAUUUACCUACUAUGAUUUCUUUUUCCUUCAUUGAAAACCAAACAGCUCUGCUACUCUUCAUAUUUCACAUGAUUGGCUGUUCAUCAUAAAUGUCACAUUUUCGUCGUGGCCUGAGUGUCUAAAACUUGGUCAUUAUGACAUAACUAUGUGUCAAUUGCGGACACAUUUGAACGUGUUUUGUGAGACAGGCCUUAGAUUGCCUAACUAAAGUCAUUUAUAAUAUUUUUAAUUUAUAAUGAAGACAUCACAUAUUUGAUACUUCUAGUAAACAUUAAAAAUAGGGCAAAUCGAAAUGAAUGACAUUUUUUGCCUUGCAGAGCAUGGCACUGAACAAGUCUGUUACAAGUCCAGUCAUUUUAUGGCUGAUACCGGUUUCAAUGGUGUGUUUUAAGGAAUUUAAAUCUAACAAGAAUGUUUUUGUGCAACUUUGUCAGAACUAGUGUUAUGGGGAAAAUAGGAAAAUUUUGAUUGAACCUCAAUUUCUUUGUGUUUGCUUUGUGACUACUACUGAAUAAAGGCUGGUUAUGGUUGUGUUAAAGAAUGUGUAAGUAUGUUGUAGCACUGAUGGAUGAUGCUUUGAUACUAAGUAGAAUAUCUGUCAUGCUCA